AUGCCGCCCAACCCCACCAACAACAAAGCGCCUGAUCGUGAGAAAGAGCUGCAGGAGCAGAUCAAAGUGACUGGAGAGAAGCUUGCAAGCCUGAGAAAGGAUUUGCAAGCCGAACAGCAGCGCAAAGCCCGUGAAGAAGCCAAAGUGAAAAAGAGAAAGUACGAUGACUACAUGAAAGGCACGGAUAAUACGGAUGGCAAGAUGGAUCUCACUUGCGAGAUUCAUCAUAUCCUUGACAGAUUCGAAGCGGGUGAAUAUCAGUGGAAGCAGAGGCAGAAGGAGUACACAGGCAUUAUCGAAAUGCUUGAUGAGCUGAAGGUGGCUCGACCCUCCAUCAUCAACUUCAACAGCAUCAGCAUCGGCGAAUUGGAUGCCCUGAAGACGGUUCAGGCUCACGUUAAAGCCGAUAGGAAGAUGCUCAACACUUUGGCAGUAUCUCUACUUCCGUCGGUCCAGGAGAAGAUAUCGAAGCUGAAAGACAAGAUCUGCGGAAAGAAGCCGCCGGUGGACUAUGAGAAAAAGCCACUCUCUUCCUAA